UCUAUACAUCGACGUUGAUCGAAUGGCGAUUUUCGUUUAUUUUCAUAUCACAUUUAUCGUUGGUCACACAUGUUGUACUGAACUACUUAAAACUUACAAUAUAAUUAACAAUAAUUAUUUAAUUGUAUUAAUUGUUAUUGACUCUUUUAGUUAUUUAUUAUUUAAAAAUAAUUGUAAUAAUUUAAUUGAAAAAAUAUGAGUAAUACUCAAGAGUUCAGCAUCAGAGUUCCCAAGAGUUCAAAAAAAAAAUACAAUGUUAUGAGAUUCAAUGCAACAUUGAACGUGGAUUUCACAAAAUGGGGCUCAACAAAAAUGGAACGUGAAAAUAAUAUGAAAGAAUACAAGGGAUUUGAUGAGGAAAUGCCAAAAUUUGGUGCUGGUUCAGAAUUUGGUAGAGAUGCAAGAGAAGAAGCUAGACGUAAAAAAUUUGGUAUAAACAGUAAAAAAUAUAAACCAGAUAAUCAACCAUGGAUACUUAAAUCUGAUGGUAAAACUGGUAAAAAAUUCAAGGGUAUUAGAGAAGGUGGUAUCAGUGAAAAUACAUCAUACUAUGUUUUUACUCAAGCUCCUGGCAAUGCAAUUGAAGCUUUUCCUAUUCAAGAAUGGUACAAUUUUCAACCAAUUCAAAGAUACAAAACUCUGAGUGCUGAAGAAGCUGAACAUGAAUUUAGUCGUGGUAUUAAAACAUUAAAUUAUUAUAAUUUGAUGGUUCGUCAUCGUUGUAAAAAUGAACAAGAGGGCAAUGAAGAUGGUAAUGAAGGCCCAAUUGAAAAUGGUAAAAAAAUUAAAAGCACUAAAUUUGAAAAAGAUUUAAAAAUAUCUGAUAUGGAUGAAUUAAUGAGUGAUAAUGAUGAUGACGAUGAUGAUGAUGAUGAUGAGAAUGAUGCUGCUACUGCUAGUGGUGAUGAAAAGAAAAAAAAAAAAAAUUCAGAUGAUGAAGAUAAAUCUUUUGAUAAAAAAAAGAAAAACAAAGGAAAACAAAUUGCAAAGAAAAAAAAGAAAAAUACAUCUGAUGAUGAAGCAUUUGAAGACAGUGAUGAUGGUGAUGAAGAAGGAAGAGAACGUGAUUAUAUAUCUGAUUCAUCUGAUUCAGAGCCUGAAAAAGAACAACUUAAACAAUACAAGGGUGUUUCUGAAGAAGAUGGAUUGAGAAAUUUAAUUGGAUCUGACGACGAAGAUGAAGAUGAAGAAAAUAAUAAAACAGAUGCUAUUGAUGAUAUUGAUGACGAGGAUAAUGAUGAUGCUAAAGAUAAGGCUGAUGCUGGUAAUAUUGGUUCAUUGACUGCUGUUGGUUCUUCUACAACAACUAGUGGUGGUGGUGGUGCUACUACUACUGCUACUACUAGUACUGGUAAUAAAACUGGUGGUGGUGGCAGUAAAGAUUCCGACAAAAGAAAAGAUAAUAAAAAGAAAAAAAGUAAAAAAAAUUCAAAAAAACAACCUGGUGUUAAACAAUCAUCAAGUGAUUUUUCAAGUGAUUCUGAUACAGAUCCAGAAAUUUCAACACUUAAAGAAAAACAAAAAGAAAAAGAUAAUAAAAUUAAAGAUUCUAAAAAAAUAAAUAGUACACAAAAUUCAAGAUCUGCAACACCAAUAGUAUCAGGUUCAUCAAGUACAAAUACAAAUGCAAAUAAAAUAAUCAAUGAUUCUGCAAAUAAACGUAAACACAAUGAUUUGUCAUCUGAGACAUCAUCACAAGCUAAAAAAAUUAAAACAGAUAAUAAUAAUACUAGCACAAUAUCAUCAACAACUUCAGCUCCAUUGUCAGUGUCAGUUGUAAAUACAUCAUCAAGUAUUUCAGGAUCAAGUGAAUCAGGAAUAUCUGAGGAAGCAGUACGACGUUAUCUUACCAGAAAACCCAUGACAACAACUGAAUUGUUGCAGAAAUUUAAAUCUAAAAAAACUGGUAUGACCUCGGAUGAAUUGGUCCAAACCAUGACUCAAAUACUUAAAAAAAUUAAUCCAACAAAACAAAUGAUACAACACAAAAUGUAUCUAUCACUAAAAGGAUAAAAAAUUUAUUAUUAUUAUUAUUAUUAUUGUAUUUUCAUUUAA